AUGUGGAUCCUGACCCUCACGCCCCAUGACAACACUGGCUCAGGGUGUGGCAUUGCGUUGAGCGACAAGUCCGUGUCGCGCCUGCACGCCGAGUUGGAGGUGGUGCACGCCAAGGAGAACUUGGCCCUGCCCGAACGCCAGCCGCAGGUGAGCAUCACCGACAAGUCGCGCUUCGGCACCCUGCACAACGGCACCAAGCUGGCCGCGGGCGAGCCCACUCGGCUUGCGGCGGGCGACGAGCUCAAGUUCGGGGUCAACCAAGAUGCCUACCGGCUCGCCUUCGUCCCGCUCGUGGCCUACUGGGGCGCACGCAACGCCGGCGUGCUCUCGCGCGAGGAGCAGGCCCUCAUUCUCAAGAGCCUGCACAAGCUUGGCGGGCAUGUGGCGUACGGCCCGGAGGAUGCGACGGUGAGCGUAAUGAAGGAGGUCAGCGUGUCGCCCGCUGCCAGCGUCCAGCUCCUGCAUUCGCUGGUGCGCGGGCUGCCCAUCAUCACCCCGGCCUACCUCCAGGCCAUCGUCGACCGCCCGGCGCUCUCCACGCCCCUUCCGUCCGCCACCGACUAUGCUCCGCAGGUGAGGGGGAAAGAUAGGAAGGAGGUCAGCGCCGUUGAGGCACGACUCAAAGCAGUGGCUAGCGGUGGUGGUCAAUCAUCGAUGGCCGACGAGCCUGCGCGUCUGUUCGAUGGCAAGUCCUUCGUGAUCAUGUCCAGCCGCCAGACCCAACUGGGCGAAGUUAUCAGCGCGCUCGGCGGCCUCGUGGUCGAGUCUCUCGGGCGGGAGAGCGAUCAAUUCUACCAUCAGCACCGACGGGCCUGCAUCGUCCUGCCUCCCGAGAAGGCUGAAGGGGAGACGACGGCUGAAGACAAAGAGGCGCGGCUUAAAGUGGAUCAGUUCCGGAAGGCGGGAGUGCGGCCCAUCCCCUCAGCCGAGGUCGCGUCGGCGAUCAUCCUCGGCGAUGUGUCGACCCACUGCAACCCGCCGCCUCCCGCCGAAGCCCCGCCCCUUGCAAAGGGCACGGCGGCCGCGGAGAAGAAACGGAAAGCAACGCCCGAGCCUGCGGCUGCGGCUAUGGCUGCGCCGGUCGCGAUCGUGUUGGACGAAACCGACGAGAACGAAGACGAAGACGAGCCCAGCCUGGUCAUCACCAAGAUCGUGGACGCGGAGGAGGUGAAGAAGGAGAAGACAGAGACGGAGGGCAAGCAGGCGGGCAAGCGGAAGCACCUCGAGGAAAAAGAAGAGGAAAAGAAAGAGGAAAAAGGCGCGAGGAGGGCGACGGCGGUGGAGGCUGCGGUGGAGGCCGAGCAGCCGCAGCCGAAGAAGAGAAGGGUCAUGGAGAUCCCAGCGGCAGGGGCCGUCGCGGCGCCGAAGAAGCGAAAAGCGGCGGAGCCUGAUGGUGACGAGGGCGAGACCGAAGGCGACAACACCAAGAAGAAGGCGAGGGAGGAGGAGGAACCGGAGGCUGUGUCGACGAUGAAGGAGACGACGAAGCCGAUGACGACGACUUUGGUGGUGGCGGUGGCUGCGGGUGAAGGGGACCUUGGUCACGAGGAGGCCGAGGGGGAGCCGCAGCAGCCCAAGCGAGAAACGCCUCCUGUUGUGGAGCGAUUGAUGGUGACCGCCAACAAGCGUCUGCUCGCGCGACCGCUUCAGGCCGCGCCCAACUUCAAACGGUUUUCCAAGAACGCGGCGAGCGGCGAGGCCGCACGCGUGCAGGCGAGUCAAGCCAAGCGACCGCACGUGAUUGCGUGCGUUGAAGACGACGGCAAGCCCUCCGAGGAGAUGGAGUCCUGGCUACGUGAGUCCACUGAAGGAGAAAAGGGAAAGACGAAGCUGGACUCGGCGGCGGACGAGCUGUGGGAGGCCAAGCCGAGGUCGUUCCCGGCGCGGAGCGGCUCGAGCUCUUCUUCAGCGGCGGCGACUGCGUCAACGACAUCAAAGUUGUCGGCCGGCAAGACGACCUUCUCGCUCACCCGACACACGCGGUCGGCUUCCACGUCGGCCGCAGCCGCGCCCGCCAGCACGGCGACCACCAAGAAACCCGCCUCCCGACGCAAGACCACCUUUGUGUAA